AUGCAUGGGGAUAAAUGGUUGCGAUGGGUGCAAAGAGUGCGUUGGGGGAGUGUUAUAGUUGUAUUUGGUCUGGUGGUGGCGCAGCAGUGCCAGAAAGAUAGUGAUUGUAAUCUUUCGUCUCGGCGGGGAGUUCAUAGUUUGUUCUGUGUGGCUGGGGAAUGUGCGCAAUUGAAGGCGCCGGGCGUGGCUUGUAAGGCGGCGAGUGAGUGUGCAUCUUUUCCCUUCUUUGGGGCUUUGGCAUGUACGAAGAAGUGUAAGGAGGGAUUUUGUUGUCAAUUUGUGCCGAGUGGAGCUGCUUGUGCGGCGGAACGGCCGGAUGGAGUGAGUGGGUGUGUGAAUGGGUUCGUGUGUCGGAAAGGUGGGAAUGGUGCUGUUUGUGUUCCUUCUUUUGGGAAGCGCUGGGUGCUAGGGCCUUUGCUUUCGGUAAUGGGCAACUUGUUCAUUAACAUUGGGUUGAACUUUCAGAAACGGUCUUACGCUGUACCGGUAGUGGAUGUGUACGGGGUGGGAGUUAAUGUGUUCUUGUUUGGAGUAGGGGUGUACAUUCUAGGGAAAGUUUCUGGGUUUAGUUCGUACGCUUUUGGCAACCAGUCUUUGAUGGCCUCCUUAGGAGCAGUGGGCUUGGUGGCCAAUAGUAUAUUUGCGCCUUUGAUUAAUCGGGAAGUCUUUACGGUUUAUGAUUUAAUGGCUAUUCUACUGGUGCUGAUUGGGUCUUCGGUGAUUGUUAGUAAUGCCGGGGGCGGUAAAGGAGGACAUCAUACGGUUGGGGCUUUACUGGAAAUGUACCUGUCUUUGGGAACUUUACUUUGGUUUGCCGCCCUGUUGCUGGUGAUUGCUUCGUUGUGGGUGGUGGCCCGGGUGGUUGAGGAGAACAGCGAGUGGCGGAUGGAUGAGACAGUGCCUUGGGUGGUGCUAGAUAAGAAGUUCACUAGGAAUGGUUGGGAGCUGAAGUAUGCCAUGCUUUUUGUUUAUGUGGGACUGUCGGCCGGCAUUGCCUCAUUUACUACGCUGUUUGCAAAGAGCUUUGGGGAGAUGAUUGCCUUGAGCUUUUCAGGACAGAACCAGUUCUUGGGCUUGGGGCCGUACUUCUUCUUGGGAAUGAUUGUGCUGUGCACAGUUGGUCAGAUUUAUUGGCUGAAUCGUGCUUUGAAGAGGUACGAUGCCUUGCUGGUUAUCCCGGUCUUCCAUGUUCUGUGGACAGUAACGAGUGUGACUACAGCCGGCAUUUACUUCAAGGACUUUGCCAUGUUCACGCCAAGCCAGUUUAGAAACUUUGUCAUUGGACUGGUAACGAUCUUCUCUGGGUCAGGAUUCUUGACCUUCCGUAUGGUGGGCAAAGACGCGCCCUCCACUGAAAGUGCCCAGCUUAAUGUAGAAACCAAGCAAAAGUAA